UCAUUCAAAUAUCAAAACCUGCAUGAUCCAAUUUCAUCACUCUUUCACCGCCCCACUUGCACUCUCACACCAAUAAAGCGUGACAUAAACGUAUUUAAAUACACGCAUCUCCGCGUUCUCACUCUUAUUUUCCUCACUUCAAAGCAAAACGCAGUGCACAGCAAUGGUGGCCACGCUUCUAAAAUCCUAAAACCCUAACCCUAAGACGAAAAAGAAAAGAGAAAAUCCCCAAUCCUCGCGAAACUCGAUCGAUCCCCAUGAACGUGGAUCACGACCAGCCUCCGGCCGCGGCGAAGGCCCAGGCGCUGCAGACCCUGACGGCGGGUCCUCUCUCCUCGUCGGUGGCGAAGCUCGCCGCGUCGUCGCGGUGCAUCCCUUCCGACAAGGACUUCCACUUCUACCGCAACUUCGAGGAGUUCAAGGUCCCCGUGGAGGAAAUCGCGCGCGAGUCGCGGUCGAUGCUGGAGGCCAUCGGGGCCGCGGCGGUGCACGCGGCGUUCCCCGGCGACGUCGACGACGCUUACGACUGGCUCGUGAACGUGAACGACGACGUUUUGGAGCGGUUCGACGCGUCCGCGGACGAGUUCCGGAGGAUUCGGGAGGAGGAGGAGGAGACGGGGCGUCCGGGGAAGGAUUCAAUGGAGGAGGACGGGUUUCAAUUGGUUUCCGGGAGGAAGAAGAAGGGAGGGAGAGGGAAUGUGGCUUCGGCGGCGGCGGGUUCCGAGGCGGGUUUGGUUGCGCUGGGAGUAACGGUGGCGACCAAGGAUAAGAAGACGACGGGCCCCAGACCCAAGGUUCCGUUUCAUAUACCGACGAUAAGGAAACCGCAGGAGGAGUAUAGUAUAAUGGUUAAUAAUGCUAACAUGCCGUUUGAGCAUGUGUGGUUGCAGAGGAGUGAUGAUGGGCUGAGAUUUGUUCAUCCACUGGAAAAACUCUCUGUUUUGGAUUUUGUUGAUACAAAUCUGGGGGAUGUUGUGCCAGUGAAGCCUCCCUCAAUAGAAAGUACCCCUUUCAAGCUUGUGGAAGAAGUCAAAGAUUUGAAGGACUUGGCUGCUAAGCUGCGUUCUGUUAAUGAAUUUGCGGUUGAUUUGGAGCAUAAUCAAUAUCGGUCUUUCCAAGGUUUGACUUGCCUGAUGCAAAUAUCAACAAGGACAGAAGAUUUUGUUGUUGACACAUUUAAACUUCGCAUUCAUAUUGGACCCUAUCUACGGGAAGUCUUCAAGGACCCUGCCAAGAGAAAGGUCAUGCAUGGUGCGGAUCGAGAUAUUGUGUGGCUUCAACGAGAUUUUGGAAUAUACAUUUGUAAUUUGUUUGACACUCACCAGGCUUCAAAGUUGUUAAACUUGGAAAGAAAUAGUUUGGAGCAUAUUCUACAUCAUUUUUGUGAAGUUACUGCAAACAAAGAAUACCAGAAUGCAGAUUGGAGACUACGCCCACUUCCUGAUGAGAUGCUAAGAUAUGCAAGAGAAGAUACACACUAUCUGUUGUAUAUAUAUGAUUUAAUGAGGAUUAAGUUAUUUGCCUUGUCUAAGGAGUCUGACUGUUCCGAAUCUUCAGUCGCUCCUCUGGUGGAGGUCUACAAGCGCAGUUAUGAUGUCUGCAUGCAACUUUAUGAGAAAGAACUUCUGACAGAGAGCUCCUAUCUUCAUAUAUAUGGGUUGCAAGCUGCCGGUUUCAAUGCUCAACAGCUUGCCAUUGUUUCUGGGCUGUGUGAAUGGAGGGACAUUGUUGCCCGAGCAGAGGAUGAGAGUACGGGAUAUGUAUUGCCAAACAAAUCUGUUCUUGAAAUUGCUAAGCAGAUGCCUCUUACUACAAGCAAGCUACGGCGAUUGGUGAAGUCAAAACACCCUUAUGUUGAACACAAUCUUGAUGCUGUUGUCAACAUCAUUAGGCAUUCUAUUCAGAAUGCUGCUGCAUUUGAGGAAGCAGCUCAACAAUUGAAAGAAGCUCAAGCUGCCACUGCAUCAGAUGUAGUACCCGUUACAGAGGGAACUGAAGAUCCUCAAUCCCAUACACAAAAUUUGAAGGAAUCUUCUCAGCAUCAAGAUACGAACGUGCAAAUAAAAAUCAAGUCCAAUAGUCUUACAUAUGAGCCCCCCAGAGUCAGUCUCUCUAUUUCAGAGAAGAAUAGGGUUGCAAAUGUUGCUGCACUUUCUACAGAAAAGGGAAAUGGAGCAACUGUUCAGAUGCUAAAAAAGCCUACUGGUGCUUUUGGAGCACUACUAGGGAAUUCAGCUUCAAAGAGGAAGCUUGGUCCUGAUAAGGGCAAGGAAGAGAUCAAGCUAGAACAGAUUAGGUCUUCAGUCAGUCUUCCUUUCCAUUCAUUUUUGGGUAGCAGUGAGAAAUCAGAGCCUACAGUAGGAACUCUUAGUGUAGCAUCUAAAGUGUCAGAGCCACAGAAACCUGUUCCUGAUAUAGUUCCGCCCCCCCCUCUAGACGAGAUUAUAAUGCUAGAAUCUGAUAUGGGUGCAGAGGAUAUGGAGCAAAAUAACCUAGAGAACUCCAAUGAGCACAGGGAGAAAAAUUCUGUGGUGUCCACUUCAGGAAAAGAGGAUGAAGAUGAGCCAGUGUCUCUCUCGGAGUUGUCUUCAAAUUUUCAAAAAUGCUUUCAUUCAAAUGAUCAAACUAAUAAAACCAGACAGCUGAAGAAAACUGAAGAACCCAGUGGCUUAGUGCAGCUGAAGCCAUUUGAUUAUGAAGCUGCAAGGAAACAUGUCAAGUUUGGAGAAGAUACAAAGCAUGCAUCUUCCCAGGGUAGUUAUGGCCAUAUGGAGACAGAUGACACAGGUAGCAAGAAGCAACGCUCGACAGUGGGUCAGGAACAAGCUAGUGAUUUGACUAAACAAUUACAACAAGGUAAAAGACGUCAGGCAUUUCCUGCUUCUGGGAAUCGUAGUGCAACAUUUCGCUGAGACUGUACAAAAUAAAUGACAAAGCCAGAUAUUCAAUUUAGAAUAGUGUUAAAUCCAAGUUGAGCAAGAUUAUAGUUUUAUGGUUUUUUAAGUUUACAUCUCGUUUGAGCAGCUAAAGUUUUUUUUCGCCUGAUCAGCUGAUAACUUGUAUGAAAGGUGGAAAUAUUCGAGUGACCAAAAAAAUCUGUAGGCAUUGACUUGUAUUCUUGUAAUGUAUUGUAUUGGUUCGAGAAUUCCAAAGCCAAAGUUAAUUAUUUUCUGCAUUAGAAUGUGGACUUCUUUUUAUGGCUUUAAAUCUAGAAUUUAGUUUUGAUCA